GUUGUUGAAUUUGGAUGAUGGUGGAGGAACACUUAUUAAGAGCUGGAAUCUACAAUCUAUGACUUGUCAGAAAGGGAAUGCUUUGAACAAGCAACUGUGGAUUCUAUAAAAUAUUUUCUAUUCGCGUGUGAACUUGAGUCAAAAGCCCCACUCACCAUGCGCCUAAGACAAAACCUCUUGUCCAUGAGAAAACUUCCUCCAGUUUUCCUUAAUUUUUCACUCUUUGUUAGGACUUUGUCUGCAGAGUGCAGGGGAUCUUUAGCUUUUAGUCAAAAAUUCAGAAGCACCUCGGGACCCUCCCCUCACCCCCAACAACUUUCUGAUCCUCGUUUCCCGAUCGCUAAACUCAUUAUCUAAAUCCAAACUAUGAUUAUAUCAAAGCAAACCUAACAUUCUCUAAUGUGAAUCCCGGCUGUGAAGCAGUUAACCCACAUUGGAUACUGAAAUACGCAUGAAGAUCCAUGCCCAUUUGCUUUCCUCCUCCAACUCCUGUGAUCUUACCAACAGGCAUUAAAGUCAAGGAAAUACAAACCAACCCACAAUGCCUUCAAGACCCCUAGCUCCGACUCCUAGCCCUCCGGGGUCAAGUUUCUUCACCCAAACUGGGGUUUUGUUCUUGAUUCUCACCAUCUCUGGCCCCGUAGUUAUAUUGCUAUCAAUCAUCUACUUUCUUUUUCAUGCCUGGCACUUCCUAAUUGUGCGCAGAACUAAAACCAUUCCCUUCGACUCCAGCGCUCCUCUCAAGCUGCAAAGAUUCUCGUACAGAGAGCUAAAGCAAGCCACCAAUGGCUUUGACACUGCCAAUAUAAUUGGUAAAGGCGGGUCGGGUAUCGUGUUUAGAGGAACACUAGGAGAUGGAAAGCUCAUUGCUAUCAAGCGUUUGGACGUUCUUUCUUCGCAAACGGAGAGAGAGUUUCAGAAUGAGUUGCAGAUUCUUGGUGGCCUACGGUCAUCAUUCUUGGUCACGCUUUUGGGGUACUGCGCUGAAAAGAACAGGAGAGUGUUGGUGUAUGAGUAUAUACCUAACAACAGCCUGCAAGAAGCGCUUUUUGGAGAUGGGUCUUUAAGUUUGAGUUGGGAAAGGAGGUUUGACAUAAUCAUUGACGUUGCUAAAGCUAUCGAAUUCUUGCAUCUCGGAUGUGAUCCACCGGUGAUUCAUGGGGAUAUUAAGCCCAGCAAUAUUUUGCUCGAUUCGGAGUACCGAGCAAGGAUUUCCGAUUUUGGGUUGUCAAGGGUUAAGUUGGAGGGUGAGUCGGGGGUGGAUUUGUUUAGCCAGGACUUGGGGAAGAGUCAGGAGCUGUGGAAGAGUCAAGAGCUUUCGGGGAAUUUGGCUGCAGAGACUCCAGCAAUCGGUACUCCGGUGGAGAGUGCUCCUGAGGUAGAUAUUGCUCUUGCUUUACAAGCCUCUACAUCAUCGAAAAAUGGUAGGAUAUCUUAUAAUGUUAGAGCUUUGAACAUUAAUUCCUCCACUUAUAAUGCUAACAUGGAAAGUGAGAAAAAUGGCAAGACUAGCAGUGUAAAGGGGAAGGAGCUUUCGGCGGUCAUAGACAAUGGUGGGGAUGAUUGGAGCAACAGAUUUAUGCCUUAUGAUGAUGAGUUUUCUAGCAUUGAUCACAGUAAGGAGCUGAGUUUUAAUGCUUCUUCGGCUGUUGUUGAGGAUGUGGAUACAAAACAGUGGGGAAAAAAUUGGUGGUGGAAUCAGGAUAGGAGUGGUGAAUCGUGCAGUAAGGAUUAUGUUAUGGAAUGGAUAGGGAGUCAGAUUUGCCCAUCGACAAAUCCUGAUUGGGUUGAAGAAAAGAAGAGUCCUGAGCGAAAUAACUUGGAUAAUUCAACUCCACUAGAUAAAUUAGAAGAUCUAAAUGAACCCCAAUCAGAAGAAGUGGGAUGUGAAAAUCUCGAUAAAGGGUUUGAGAAGAAAGGGUCAAGGGGCAAGACAAAUCGUAGGAAGGAACAAAGAAAGAUGCAAGAGUGGUGGAGAGAAGAGCAUCUAGCUGAGAUUAUCAGGAAGGGUAGUAAGCUUAAAAAGUUUGAAACCAAGUGGAGGAUCACUGGCUUCAAAAUGCCACAUUAUGGUCUUGGAAGAGGGUUUCGGUUUCGAAGAGGAAAGAACUUUGGGGAACAGAGUCAGAAUCAGGGUGAUAUAUUAAGUGGGGAGUUCAGUUUUAGAAGAGGAUGCAAGAAAAAGAGCACCCAGUCUAUUGGUAGUGAUAAUAUGUGGAGUGGAGAUCUUUUCAGUCGUGAGCUCAGCAGUACCACGAGUAUGAGAGGAACUUUGUGCUAUGUGGCACCAGAAUAUGGUGGAUGUGAGUACUUAAUAGAGAAGGGUGAUAUCUACAGUCUAGGGGUUCUGAUUCUUGUAAUUGUAUCUGGUCGAAGGCCAUUGCAUGUUCUUGCCUCCCCUAUGAAGAUUGAGAAAGCAAACUUAAUAAGCUGGUGUCGGCAAUUAGCUCAAUCUGGAAACGUCUUAGAACUUGUGGAUGAGAGGCUAAAAGAUGAUUACAACAAGGACCAGGCAACCCUGUGUAUUAACCUGGCACUCGCUUGCUUACAGAAAUACCCGGAGUUGCGGCCGGAUAUUGGGGAAAUUGUCAAGAUAUUGAAAGGGGAGAUGGAUCUACCACCGCUUCCACCUGAGUUCUCACCCUCUCCGGCUUCCAGGUUAUCCAGGAGGUCAAGGAGAAAUAAGAAAGCCAAUGCAGACUAGCCUUUGGAUCACAUUGAAGGUUCUUAGGAUAUAAUCAAAAUUUUGGUAGGAUCCUGCCAGAUCUGUAGCUAAUCCAUUGACAGUCCUUUAUGUCAGUACCUUCUGCACUCUCCGAGUCAAUGCAACAAGCCUGCUUUUCAAUCUACGCGCACGUUCCAAAUUGAGCGUACUGAUCUUUGACGUAAGUUCAUCUAGUAACGGAUAUGCUUCAAUUUCUAAUUCUGCUGCCUUUGGACAAUAGAAAAUAUUAAAUGGGUUAAGAGUCCUUCACAUAACUGUUAAUGCACAUGUUCCAAACCAGUAAGUAAAUGAUGAAACAAAGUAAUGUGACCUUCAAAUUAUUCCCCCCACCCCACCACAAAAACACAGACAGAAGAUAAAGCAUUAUCACAUUAAAAAACCAAUCAGAGCUUUAAGCUCCUUCAUAAAUUUGAAGAUAGAUUUUGGAAACAAUGUUUCCGUCAAGACUUACCAAACUAAACAGGAGCUGAACAAUUCUGCCCAAAGUACAUUCGAACACAAGUAUCCCCAUCAAAAUCUUAAUGGAGACCCUUCCAAAAUUCACAAACAAGGUAUCAUAAAGAAUCCAGCGUGUAAUAAUCUUAAAACUGCAGUUAUAUGUUAAGGAUCACAAAGAGAAAUUAUUUAUAGGUAAUCAAGAUAUCUUAAUAGGCAUAGCCCAUGUCCACACGAAGAGUACAAAAGAAGGAUCACAAAGAGAAAUCACUAACCGUAUGGACUCUUCGGUCCCUUCUAACCAAAGGAAAUAUUCAUGGUAGGAUUUGAACCCAUAUUUCUUUUUCUUUUUCUCCCCAACUGACCAAGACACCUGUGGGUAUCAGGUUACCUCCGGUGCAACUACUUUCUCUUCUAGUAGUCAUUAACUAGUAUCAGAAAUAUUUUUUAUUAAGGGUUAAGUAAUUAGUAUGACAAAUAUUUCUAAAAAUAAGUA